CGAAUAUUGUAAAAAGGGAAUAAAAAAGGAAUAUAAGGGUGAAAACGAGUCGAUUCAGUUUCAGCUUUAAUUUAGCUUUAGCUUUAAUGCUUUUUGCCGGGCAAACACUGGUUAUCAACAAGAGGGAUGAAUUUAAUCUUCCUCAAGUACCCAUCAUCCUUUUCAUCUUGUCUUCUUUGUGUGUGUGAGAGAAAGAGAUUAGACGAGAAGAGGGAAGAAAACAAAGAAGGAAAGAAACAAUGGAGAUCUUAUCACAGAUGUGGUCGUUUCUGGGGCUUCUCACAGUCCUGCAGAACGUCUUGCCAUCACAACUCCUCUCUCUCCUCCACUCAUUCUACGAGUCCCUCCAAGAUUUCUUCAGUCCUUACUCUUACUUCGAAAUCCCUGAGUUUAACGGCCACUACGGAGUCGACGUCAACGAUCUCUACCGCCAUGUCAACCUCUAUCUCAACUCCGUCGACCCUUCCGCCACCUGUCGUCGUCUCACUCUCACUCUCUCCAAGACCUCCAACCGAAUCUCCUUCACCAUUGCACCCAACCACACCGUCCAUGAUUCCUUCAAUGGCCACCGCGUCUCCUGGACCCACCACCUCGAGACCGUCCAAGACUCUAUCGAAGAGAAACGCAGCUUCUCUCUCAAGCUCCCCAAGCGCCACCGUCGGACUCUCUUGCCGUCCUAUCUUGAAUUUGUCUCCACACGCGCCGAGGAGUUCGAGCGCGUCUCCCGCGAGCGUCGACUCUACACCAACAACGGCCACGGCUCAUACGAGUCAGGAUGGGUCUCCGUUCCGUUCCGCCACCCUUCCACGUUCGACACGCUCGCUCUUGAGCUCGAGUUGAAGGAACAGAUAACCGAAGACUUAACAGCAUUUGCUAACGGGAGAGAGUUUUAUCACAGAGUCGGACGGUCGUGGAAACGUGGGUACUUGCUGUACGGCCCACCCGGCUCCGGCAAAUCAAGCUUGAUUGCUGCCAUGGCGAAUUUCCUGUGCUACGACGUUUACGACCUCGAGCUUACGAAGGUUUCGGAUAAUUCAGAGCUACGAGCAUUGUUGAUACAGACCACCAACCGUUCGAUCAUCGUGAUCGAAGAUAUCGACUGUUCACUGGACCUUACCACCGACAGGCUUCUUAAAACGAAGAAAUCAUCGCCGUCGAUCAUGGAAAACGGUGACGGUGGCGAAGAGAACGGCCGGGUGACGCUUUCCGGCCUGCUUAACUUCACUGAUGGGCUAUGGUCGUGCUGUGGAGAGGAGAGGAUUAUCGUUUUCACUACCAACCAUAGGGACAAUGUCGACCCGGCGCUUGUUAGAUGCGGGCGAAUGGACGUGCAUGUUAGACUUGGCACGUGCGGGAUACAUGCGUUCAAGGCACUAGCGAUGAACUACCUCGGACUGGAGUGGCACGUGUUGUUCCACGUGGUAGAGAGCUGCAUCAGGGCCGGUGGGGCCCUAACGCCAGCUCAGAUCGGAGAGAUCCUGCUGAGGAACAGGAGAGAUGCUGACGUGGCAAUUAAAGCUGUUGUAUCGGCUCUACAAGAGAGUAUAAGUUUGAGGAGAGACCGGAAUCUGAACCUGACGACGGAAGGACGUCCCCAGCCUCCGGAGGCUUUACCAGACUAUGCGGCGAGGUCGCUGGAGAGCAUCGACCGGAUGUUGCUGGAAUCGCCGGAAAACUGGGAAUCUUCACCGCCGGGGAAAGUGAGAGUGAAGAGGAGGAAAGAGGGGUCCACUUGGGAUAGAAAAGUCAAGUUUUUAAUGCGGUUAAAAUCGUUGACCAAAUCGGACCCUGGAAGGAGUGGACCGCGAGCCUAAAUUUUUUACCAAAGGAUUUUCGAUUCUCAUUGGACGUUGAUUGGGUGAAGCGGCUUACAUGAUACAUGUGUAUAGGCCCAUCGCCUUAAGAAAAUACCCAACCCAACACCAACGCCGUUAGUUAAUACCUAAAAUCUUUUAAAUGAAUGAACUUUUUUCUUUGGCUAAGUUUGUUUUCAAGGAAUUUAAUUUGCAUUGAAGCAAAAGUAUGGGAAUGCAGAUGAGCUAAAUGUAAAUUCUGAUAUGUAGAGUGCAAAAUCUUA